AUGCUUGCACAAGGUUCCUUUUAUCGGGCUAUGGUUUUUAAAUAUCCCUGGAAACAAUGUUCGCAGUGUAUACAAUUAUUAUCUUCACAAGUCCUGCAACACAAUGCUGUCAAUGAAGGUCCUUGGAAUUUGUACUUGAAUAAAGUAUCAAACAAAAGUCUCAGCCCUGAUUCCCACCAGGAAAAUGUUGUACAACACCUGCAAAAAGUGUACGAGGAAGUCACAGCUUUCGAUAGACCAUCUUUACAUUUUCAACAACAAUCUUUCUUUAAUUUUUUUAAAAAAGUACCAGAAAAAAUAAUCGCUCCAAGAGGACUUUACAUCUAUGGAAGUGUUGGUGGAGGAAAAACUAUGCUAAUGGAUUUAUUUUAUGAAACAAUCCCAAUAAAAGAGAAACUUAGAGUUCACUUUAAUUCAUUUAUGUUGAACAUUCAUGCUAGAAUACAUGAGCUUAAAAUUAAGUCUGGAAGAGGUGCAAGUUCAUUUAGAGACGAAGGAUCUAAACCCUUCGACCCUAUACCUCCAGUAGCUGCUGAUAUUACACAGGAAUCAUGGGUGAUAUGUUUUGAUGAGUUUCAGGUAACAGAUAUAGGUGAUGCAAUGGUUUUGAAACGUCUAUUUACACAACUCUUUGACAAUGGUUGUGUAGUAAUAGCAACAAGUAAUCGGAAACCUGAUGAUUUGUAUAAAAAUGGUUUGCAAAGAUCAAACUUUCUGCCAUUCAUACCUGUUUUAAAGGAGCAUUGUACAGUUGUACAGUUAGACUCUGGUAUUGAUUAUAGACUAAGAGGCACUGGCAAUAAGUACAGCAAAUAUUUCAUAAAUAGUGAACUUCAAGAAAAUAAUGCUGUAGACACUCUAUUCAAAUUCUUAGCAUCAAAAGAGACUGAUACUGUAAGACCCAGAGUUAUUAAUAUUAUGGGAAGGAAUGUGAAGUUUGCUAAAUCAUGUGGAAGAGUUUUAGAUUCAACAUUUGAGGAGUUAUGUGAUAGGCCUAUAGGUGCCAGUGAUUAUCUUGUAAUAUCAAAAACCUUUCAUACUGUAUUCAUCCGGGAUCUUCCGCAAUUAUCUAUAAUGAAACAUAGAUCUCAGCUGCGUAGGUUUAUUACGCUUAUUGAUACAUUGUACGACAAUAGAGUUAGGGUUGUAAUUGCUGCAGAUUGUGAACCUAAAGAUCUUUUUAAAUUGGAGGAGAAAGACGAUUAUGCCGAUGCAGAUAGAGCUUUGAUGGAUGACUUGAAAAUUACGAAGGAUUCAGACGAUGCAAAGGCGGCAAUAUUUACAGGAGAAGAAGAAAUGUUUGCGUGCAACCGAUGUCUUUCACGAAUUAUGGAAAUGCAAACUGAUGAAUAUUGGGAUAAAUGGGGAAAAAAUCUUGAUUGA